CUCCGCUUGUCGCUGUGCUCGCCCGCUGCUCGACGUGCGACGGCUCGACCAGUCACUAUGAGACGGCCACAGCGGUAGCACGCGGUACUUCACUCGACUUUACGCUUUCCGCUAAACAGACACGAUUUCAACGCCCGUAAAAAGUUACGAUGAAUUAUUUUAAUGCAAUUAUAGUUAUUCCAGUGAUACAGUUCAUGUUAAAACUAAGAUUUAAGGACGAAUAUUAAGUUAUGAAGUUAAUUCAAUGCUAAAUGCUGUAAUGUUUUUUUAAUAUUUGUGAUGAUGAGAGAUACAACUUUGAGAUUUCACAUUAACAUUUGAAGAACGCUACACAAUGCACGUGGUUUAUAGAUAGUACCGAGAAGCUGUGGCUGACAUUUACCAAAAUAGAAACGCGAAGGAGUCGAGCAUGGAAGGCGACGACGUGGCUUAUUGCAUGCCGGAGGGGCCGGUGUUCCAGCGAGCUUAUGUUCGGGUCCAUGGGUACAUAGCACUGCUCAUCUGUCUGUUGGGCAGUGCUGCCAAUUCUGUUAACAUCGCCGUGCUCAGUAGAAAAGAAAUGAUCUCAUCGACGAAUUCCAUCCUGACCGGACUGGCAGUCGCCGACUUGCUCGUCAUGAUAGACUACAUUCCCCUGGCGCUACACAUCUAUACAGAUAUAUGUGCAGAACUCAAUCGAAAUUCGUAUGCGUGGGCUGUUUACGUAUAUUUUCACUCCAUAUUCAGCCAAACCUUUCAUACGAUAUCUAUUUGGUUGACGAUCACGCUCGCUGUCUGGAGGUUCAUAGCAAUAAAGUUUCCUCAAAAAAACCGGACGUUAUGUAACAAGAAGAACACAAACAUAGCUAUAGCUGUGGCGUAUGCCGUGUGUCCAAUACUGUGUCUUCCCAUUUAUUUUGCUAUGAAGAUUCGAGUUAUCCCUUCAAAGCACGGACAUAACAACACAACGUUGCAUGAUACAGAUGUUGUUUCAAAUGUCACGGAGAGCAAAGAGCCCGAGUACGCCAUAGUGAUGACUGAAAACGACGAGCUGCUCACAGCUAUCUUCUGGAUUUACAGUGUAUUUAUAAAACUCAUCCCAUGCGUAGUGCUGUCCAUACUAAGUGUGUUGCUCAUUCUAAAAAUGAAGUCGAGUGAUCGCAGAAGACAGAAAUUAUUGAAAAAAUCAGCAAUAGCAAGUAACGAGGGUGAAAAAGCUCGGUUGAACGAAGAUGGUGGGAAGCGAGGAGGUGGUGGCGGCGGCCGAACGGAUCGUACCACGAGAAUGUUGGUCGCCCUACUAGGCCUCUUCCUUGCAACAGAACUACCACAAGCUAUCUUCGGCCUACUCACAGCAAUAGCUCCGCAUCUCUUCAAAGUUUGCUACUAUGCCUUUGGCGAGGUGAUGGACUUGAUGGCGCUGGUGGGGUCUGCAGUGAACUUCGUGCUGUACUGCAGCAUGAGCCGACAGUUCCGCUCUACGUUCACGAGGCUGGCGAGGAAGGUGCUGCCGCUGGGCGCGCAAGGCGAGCCAGUGACCGCGCUGAAGGCGUAGCGCUCCCGAAACGCGACCACCUCGGUCGCGUACCUAUGAACUAUUGACAAGGUACCAAACCUUCACAAACACACGUAAACACGGCCCAUUGAAAUUCUCUUAGCAAACUCUUCAACAAUCGUUUGAAUAACAAAACGAAUUACAUUAAAUUCAAGUUUGUUUUGGACUUAUUAAGUGAAUGAAGUGUGGAGGCGGAUUUACUCUAUUACAAUGGAAACGAACUUUUUUAAUUUUGUAAGUAAAAGUUAAAGCGGUGCUUACUGUUCAACAUGUUUUAGUAAUUAGUUACUAGAGAUUAAAGCUACGAACCAAAUUGUUUAAUGUUUAUAUAAACUUAGUUAUGUUUAAGUAUUAUUGUACAGUAACAAUUAGGUUUAAUGGAGGUUAUAUUUAGUGUACUUUUUGUCUAACUUAAGGAUAGAUCCGAACAUCAAAUGUGUUGGUAACCUUGUUUGGAAGUAUCCAGACAGUUUGUUUAUUGUUUUAUCCGUGUUCGUUCUAAGAGAAAUGUUACAUUAGUAGGUAUUUGUUGUUAGUAGAUACAUUACAUGAAUUAAUCAUCUCCCAAGAACUAAGAAUAAGAGAGCUUAUAAUAUGAAGGUGUUUAAGUACAUAGAUUAGUAAAAAUAAUCAAAGGUUCGUAUAAUGUACGAAAAUUUCCAAUAUGUAGAAUUUGCAUGGAAAGCGACAUAAUAUAAUUACGUAGGAGUACCCUAACCCUCUUACUUGUAAACGUGACAUUCAUAAACCCUUUAUAAAUACAACUUGUCAAUUCUGCCGUUAGACUGGUGUGUUCGAGGCCAUUUUAGAUUUAGGUAGGUACUUAAGACGUUUUGAGUCAGAGGGUUAAAUUUUGUUAAAACUAGUCAUUUAAAAUGUUAAUUGUUAUUUUGUUUAUAGAGUUACACUUUGUUACUUUACUGUCUUGACUUACAAAGGAAAUAGAAACUACGUUUUACUAAAGGUUAACACACAAAGCUACAAAUAGGAAACUAUUUUAAUUAGUUCUACAUUGCUCAAGCUUUCCGCCCUUUAGGCAUUCAACAAAGAAGUAAAAGAACUUACCUAUUGUACUGGAAAUCUGUUAGUAACUACCUACGUUGAUUUUUCUUUUGUUACUUGUUUUAAUUCCAACUAAAAUGUUUGCUUCAAACAGCUGUAAAAUGUUUUUCUCAUCACUUUCAUUUUCCAAGUAAAAGAGGUUUAAAUAGUAAUUGGUUAGAAACUUCUAGAAUGACUAGAUUUCUGCAACGCAUGCGCGUAAUUUCAUUAGCUACAACUGAACAUGUUUAGAUUUAAACUUUAUUACACUGUUUAGUGUUCACGCCUUGAGUUUGAUUUUGUUUUCUAAAAAUAAAUUAGUUAUGCUAUUAUGAUUUCCAACUAAUUGGUAAAACGAUAAAAUAUAUCAAAUGGAAUAUCGAAAGAAACUGUAUUUGCGUAAUUCGAUAUUAAUUAAUACAUCAAUCAUAAAUACGUUUCUAAGUAAAGCUAAAUAAAUUAUAGCGAGCGUAAUUACGGAUUGUUCUAUGUUUUCUGGUCACGUCUCCGCGCCUCGGAAGCUAUAAUGAAAUAGAGCCCAAAAGUUUACGGGAUUAAUAUCAUAUUACCUCACUGAAGUAUUCUUGGAACGUUAAAACAAUUUGGCAAAAAAAAUUAUUUUAAAAGUAUUAAGCACGGCACAUUAGACUCGAGUUGAAUUAUUUAGUUUUACAAUGUUCAUAAAGUACGUACAACUUGUGUUUCUAGAAACGUCUGUGAAAAUGUUUAGUAAGAUGCCGUGGCGCUCGGUAAAACAGUAGAACAAUAUAAACACUCAUUUCUACACGUAAUAUUGUUUUCCGCAGACUUGAGCAAUGCUCAUAGUCCUCGUAAACGUAUCUGUGCGACCGUACGGUUGAAUUAUUAACGUUUCCGAAAUACGCGAAGAAAUAACCAAGAACCUUCGCAAAACAUUAUUUUAUUUCUACAAUCAAAGCAAUGUUCAUAUCCUGUAUGACAUAAGUACAAAGCCACUAUUGUAGCUAAGCCAUGUAUUACAAGUUUUUUCAAAGACGGGUUUUCAUUGUAAACAGCCGACGGCGGGGUACAUUCGACCUUCGUCCUCUUGGUAGGAUUCCAGAAUGAAUUAAUAAGGGCUCGGUCUGCUAUUUGAGUUCACAGGAAGACCCCAAAAAGUACUUUGCCGAUAUAUUGUUCGAAGUGGAUCUAAUCGAGUGCGAUCUAAAGGGUUGACCCAAUUGACUAUAAAAAAGUUAUUCGACGUGACCUAUCUAAUCUUCUUACAACUUGUAACGCGGAAAUAGUUAUAUUACACAGUACAUUAAGCAAAGGGACAUCGCAUUAUGUGUGUACCCGAACGCUAAUGAUAUUUAUCAAUGAAUAGAGUAUCGUAUUGUAUUUGAACUCUCAAUGUUAGACAACAAGUGGGCAAAAGCUAGUUUCUAAAUUAAUAUUCAUAAGAACUUGUUACCUGAACUAGAUGUGGAUCAAACUAAGAUAAAACAGUAGUGUUCCGAACUCGGCUGAAGUUUCAUUAAUUUUAACUUGAAGUUUACACUUGAGAGGCUUCCAACUCGCGUUCUUCUACUUCUAUAUAAUUAUGUAACGUAAACAUGAAUCGUUAAAGUAUUUAUUUUCGGUAUUUUAUGUGAAAACAUUAUGGGCGAGUUUACUUUAUGUCAGCAAUCUCGUUUAAUGUAUCUACGUUAAAUAAUUAUGAGCUUCACUUUUAUGAACUUCGAAAAUUACAAAUUAUUUUUAAACCAAAAUAUUUUAAAUAUAAGUAUUUUCUUCUGUCAAUGAAUGAACAAGAUAAUUGUGAUGAAUAGGAUAGUGAUCCAUCAGGUAUACCUAAUGUGAAGAAGAUAAAUUUGUCCAAUAAGUUUAUUUUGUAAAUAAAAUGUCUGUCUGUCUGUCUUCAGCUAAUGUAUGUUGCAAUUAUGUAUCUAUUAAACUUAAGUCGAUGUUUUCUUAGGUAGUCAAUUUCUAAUCAAAAAUGUUGUACAUACUACUUUGUAUAUGUGAAUGAGACGUAUUAGUGAAAUAUAAUAGAGAGUAGAGAAUGAUAAGAUUUUUUACCGUACUUUGUUAAGGCUAUAAUAGUAAUGAGCUGUUUGUUUGUUAUUUUGUCCAAUAUUAUAUAUGGAAGAGUCUUUAUAAAUAUAUAUAUGUAUUGUCUAUAUUAUCUGUGUGUAACACUUUCUCUGAACGUGAAAAUUUCGCAAACCGCUUCGUGUGAUCGUCGACAAGUUUUAACAGUUCCCCCCUAGGGCAUCCUUACCGAACGUCGACAGUUUGUGAACCACAUUUAAUGUAUAUUCGAUAAAUGUAUUCCACAAAUACCCGUACGAUAGAAAAUUGAGAAUAUCUAAUACAAAAUCAAUGCUUUAUGUGUAUCUAUCUAUUGCUGUGGAGAACGUUACAAGAUUACUUUAAGAAAAUUGGAUUUCUUAACUUGUCAAUAUUCAUAUCAUAAACAUUAUGAAUCGAGGCGUUAAAUUCUGAUAUUAUCUUUAGCUCGAACGCUUUAUAUGUUGACUUAUAUACAUCUUGGUUGGGGCUAGGGACAUAAAAACAAAAUCCAUCAAAGUUUGGAAUGUUCCCAACUUUCGUAUUAUUUAAUAUGUUUUUGGUUAUUUAUGUUUGCUUAUGUAAACGUCCAAUGGUGUUAUGUAGUUGAAGAAACAUUGAAGAUUCGACUGUUAUUAUGAAUUACUAGUAGACCGCCCCUGCUUCGCACGGGUAUACGACUACCCCGGUGUCAGUCAUUUGUUUUGCUCGCGAACGGCCACGGCACCGAAAGGGUAGUUAAUACCUCUUUACUCUUCUAAAAUUUUCACCUCACUAUAACGAACAGAACAAAAAAAGAAGUGGUAAAUUUGUCCAGGCGUUAUUGAGUUAUGCGCAUACCAACACAUUUUUAUAUAUUGAUAAAGAGUUUUUGAACUUUGUCUUUAAAACGAGGCAUUGGAUUAGUGCCAGAUGUCAUUUGUACCCAUGCAGAAUGUCACAGCCGAAUGAAUUACAAAUGAUCAACAAGUUUGUGCCGAGAAACUUUGAUAUUUUCGUCUAUUUUCAUAAUAUAAUGAUCUAUUCGAUGGUUAUGGCGAGCUUUUGUUUUACUCCAUGGGGCUAACCUUUGAUAACAAUGUCACGAUACCGGAAUACAUAUCGGAGAUUUUUAUUAUGAAGAUAUUUAGCUGCUUAGUAAACGAUAGCUAUAUAGUACAUAAUAUUAUGUGGUUAAUCUAUGUUCUUUUUACAUUAUUGUACAUAAUUACAUGUGAGAUUAAUAUGAAACACGUAGGUACAAAUGCAUACAACAAACGAUUUUUAUCUUUUUUUUAAGUUAUGCAUAAACUUCUGCAUACAUAUUUUCAAUUAAUGUCAUUAAUUUUAUACGAUUUUAAUUCAAAACUUUAACUUAGUACUUAUACUUAAAGAGAUUUUAUUUUCAUGGAUAUUUAGGGAGUGAGUUUUCCCUCGUAAUUGAAGUGUAAAAAAUAAACAAAUCAUUAUUUUAUUGCGUU